CUGAUGGCCCACAGCGUGCUUUCACCCCAUCGUAAUCUUGAAACUACAGAAGAAUCUCCGCAAAUCAAUACCGACCUCUCCCAGAAAACAUCAAUACCAAUCCUCAACAUCAUAGAUAUCAAUAUCUUGGACAUCAAACCUGCUAUAUCUUGUCUCCUCAUUCAGACACUCCCGUACGCUUCUUCACUUGCCUUUGCGUGCCCCAAACCUCCUACGACGUGCUUUCUACACCUGUGCGACCACCCAAGUAAACACCACCAAGCUUAAAUAAAUCCCUGCUUUGCUAGAUCCUCUUCUUCUACUUUCAGCUUUUGGAGAGUGUUUGCAGCUAUAAUCCAGCGCUUUUCUUUACACGGAGACAGAGACGAACACAUUAACUUCGUUACAGAUCUCACGUACAUUCAGAAUGGCAUUUUCUCAACCUAGCCCCACUUCAACACUCGACGGUAUAUAUACCCCAAAUAGUGUGGAGUCCCAUGGCCAGGUCGCUAUUUGUGGCUUUGGAUUGCGUCUCCCAGGAGGGAUUAAGAAUGGCGACGAGCUCUGGGACCUUCUGAUAAACGCCAAGGACGCUCGAGGUCCUAUUCCAGCUAGUCGUUAUAACACCGACGGCUUCGAUAACUCCCUUGGAGCCCGAGAUGCUAUAAAAGUCAAACAUGGCUACUUCCUCGAGGGAGAACUUUCUGGUCUCGAUACAUCCUUUUUCACGUUGACUAAGAACGAACUUGAGAAUUGUGAUCCACAACAGCGAAUGCUCCUUGAGGUCACCCGGGAAUGCCUCGAAGAUGCCGGAGAAGUCAACUAUCGCGGUCAACUUAUCGGUUGCUAUGUCGGGACUUUCGGGGAUGACUGGUUGUUGAUGAGCGCCAAGGACUCACACCAAAGUGAUGGCUAUUCAGUAACCGGCCACUUGGAUCUCAUGAUCGCUAAUCGCGUCUCUUAUGAGUACGACUUUCGAGGCCCAAGUAUGGCAAUCAAAACAGGUUGUUCAGCGUCGCUUACUGCGUUACACGAAGCGGUAAGAGCCAUUCAGAAUGGUGAUGCAACAGCCGCGGUGGUAGCGGGCACAAGCCUCAUAAUGACUCCCUCUCUCACAUCUGCUAUGACAGCACUUGAGCUCCUGUCUCCUGAAGGGUCAUGCAAGACCUUUGAUGCUGCUGCGAAUGGAUUUGCCAGAGCCGAAGCCAUAAACGCAGUGUACAUCAAGGAUCUUGGAGCUGCGAUUCGUGACGGCAACCCAAUCAGGGCGGUUAUCCGAGGCACAGCUACAAACAGUGAUGGAAAAGGACAGAGCCUAGUCACUCCAAAUGGAAUUGCCCAGGAAGCCCUUAUUCGAAAAGCUUAUGCAGAUUGUGGCUUAGAGCCACCAGAUACAGCUUUUGUGGAGUGCCAUGGUACCGGUACCGCAACGGGCGAUCCAAUUGAGACGACCGCGAUUGGCAAGGUGUUCGGGUAUAGUGGGGUGUACAUUGGCUCUGUUAAACCAAACUUGGGCCAUUCAGAAGGUGCUUCUGGUCUCACCAGCUUAAUUAAAUCUGUCUUGGCCUUGGAACGCAAGACUAUUCCGCCAAACAUCAAGUUUAACACACCUAACCCCAAGAUUCCUUUUUCUGAGUACAACAUGACCGUCCCCGUGAUUCCAACUUCAUUUCCACCGGAUCGAUCCGAAAGAAUCAGUAUCAAUUCAUUCGGAAUCGGAGGGACCAACGUACAUGUCAUCCUGGACUCUUUUGAUGUAACUGCUUCCAUGGCAAAUAUCGCGACAGUUGCAAAACCUGAGCUGCUUCUCUUCUCCGCCAACACGAAAACAUCUCUGAACGAGCAGAUCCGUUUGCACCAGGAGUACAUUCGCUCCAACUCAUCCAUCGCCUCUGACAUUGCCUACACUCGUUCAGUCCACAGAGAGCACUUGCCUCAUAGGGCGUUUGUCAUUGUCGAUAAUCGCGACUUCAUCGAGACUGCCAGUGUGCUGAAAGUACCGGAGAGCAUACCGGCCGUGACUAUGGUAUUUGCUGGACAGGGAGUGCAAUAUCCUGAGAUGGGCAAGGAAUUGAUCUUAAGUGAUCCUAGUUUCCGCGAAGACAUCUUGAAGAUGGAUCAAAUCUUGAAAGGGCUGAGGUUUCCGCCGGAAUGGAACCUAAUGGAUGAACUCUUGAAACCGCUGGAAACAAGCCAGAUUCACAAAUCAUCGCUGUCACAGCCGCUAUGUACAGCACUCCAAGUAGCUCUUUACAACAAGUUUGUGGCUCUAGGAGUUGUGCCCAUGGCCGUCGUCGGUCACUCAAGUGGCGAGAUUGCAGCUGCUUACGCUGCUGGAUAUGUUUCGAUGGAAGAAGCCAUCAUUAUCGCGUACUAUCGUGGGUAUAUCACGAGGUACUCUCUUGGUGGCGGUAUGGCUGUCGUGGGCCUCGGGGCACAAGACGUGUCCGAAUAUCUCACCCAAGACGUAGUGCUGGCUUGCGAUAAUAGCCCAAAUAGCUCCACAAUUUCAGGGGAGGCUUCAAAGGUUGGUAAAGUAGUAGAUGAUAUCAAGCAGAAGAUACCAGAUGCUCUUGUUCGGACUUUGAAAGUUGGCAUAGCAUAUCACUCCCACCAUAUGAUCCCUCUUGGUCAGGGAUAUCAAGAUUUGCUUGAGGAGGAACUAAAGAAUUACGGAACAAGUCAAGAGAAGCCGAAGGCUGCCUUCUUCUCUUCGGUGACGUGCAUGCUUAUGGACGAUUCACCGCUUCCUCCGUCGUAUUGGGUUACAAAUCUCGUAUCCCCAGUACGAUUUUCGUCAGCAGUCUCUAAUCUGAUUGCCCAUAAAGGCGCCGGAAUAUUCCUGGAGAUUGGCUCGCAUUCAGCAUUUGCACGUCCUCUACGACAGAUUUGUGCAGCAAACGACCAGCCAUACAACUACGUUCCAGCUAUGGUACGUCGCAAGAACUGUAUCAUCAGUUUCCUCGCCGCGGUGGGCAGAUUAUAUCAGGAGGGUGUUCAAAUAGACUUCAGCUCGCUUUAUCCAACAGGAAAGGCAUUGCCAGGACUGCCUACAUACCCGUGGGAUCACAGCACCUCAUAUUGGAACGAGAGCCGUGUUUCCAAGGCUUGGAGAACCCGGAAGUAUCCUCAUCACUGCCUCCUAGGUUCUCGCCUCUUAGAAGCCGCCGACAUUGAACCUCAAUGGCGAAACGUGCUGCAUAUCGAGGACGAAUCCUGGUUGGCCGAUCACAAGAUCCACGAUGACAUUGUAUUCCCUUUUGCGGGAUAUGUUGCCUUAGCUGGAGAAGCAGUAAGGCAAAUUACACACUCAAAUCCUGGCAUUGGAUAUCGUCUACGACAUGUUGUCGCCCACACGGCGCUGCUGCUAUCAUACUCACAGCCGACUGAAUUGAUCACAAGCCUUCGUCGCUGUAAGCUCACCGACAGCGAUGAUACCGACUGGUUUGAAUUCUCCGUCAUGUCUUGUACUGGACCAACUUGGGUCAAGCAUUGUGAUGGGCGAGUCGCUCUUCUCAAUAAAGUCAGACCCAGUUCUUGGUUACCCGAGACACUGCCUCGGAGUGUUGGCUGCGCCCGCUUCUAUGAUGAAAUGACCAAGACAGGCUUUGUAUAUGGCGCCGAAUUCCAGGGCCUUGCGAACAUCUCGUCCUCGACUACAGAGGAGCUGGCCACGAGCGAGAUCAUCAAUCGAAAUAAUAAGUCUCGCGAUGUGUUCACGUUACACCCAGCAACCAUUGACGCAUGCCUCCAACUGCUCAUUGUUGCUAUGGCGAAAGGGCUCAUGCGCAAUCUAAUUGAGCUGUCGGUCCCCACUGUUAUUGAGGAGUUAGAGAUUUCAUCAGGAUCGGAUAUCAAGCACGCCCGGGCAUGGAAUCAGUUUGGCGACAAGGAGCUGACGUGCGUAGAGUGUGUGGCUGGAAAAAAGAUGGUACUUCAUGCCUCUGGAAUCCAGCUUCUCCCUCUCGAGGAUAAUAUCGUCUCCGAGAGGGGAGAUGUUUACGGUGCUGCACGUUUAAAUUGGUCGCCUGACUUUGAUUUCGUCGAUGUCUCUAUGCUAUUCUCUCCACCAAAGUCUGACAGGAUUGAGACAAGACUUCAAGAAGAGAUGGUGUUGCUGUUUAUCCUGGAGACAGCCGAAAAGGUCAAAGCUCUUGCCCCGUGCCAACCUCACUUCACCAAAUUCCGAGACUGGUUGAACAGUCAGGCCGAUGUUGCCAAAACUGGCACCUAUGAGCUGGUAGAGGAUUCAGAAAGAUAUGUGAAGUUAACCAGCGAAGAGAGACAAGUGAUGAUCGAUGAACGUGUCACCCCUCUUAUGCAGAUGGGCAGACAAGCUGUUACUACGGGCUUGAAACGAAUCUUCGACAAUGCCGAGAGAUUAUUCACAGGAGAAGCUGACACUUUGGAAGUUCUCUUAGAAGAAAAUAUCCUUGCGAGGAUCUACGAUGUCAUCGGUUUUGACUAUGCACCCUUCAUCCACUGUCUUGCCCAUACCCGACCGAAUCUUCGUAUUCUUGAGGUUGGAGCAGGAACAGGCGGGACAACAGAAACGAUCUUACGCAGCCUCACGAAUUCAGGUGGGUUGCCAGCAUACACAACAUAUACUUUCAGCGAUGUCUCAGCGGGUUUCUUCCCAGCCGCGAAGGAGCGGUUUGCAUAUGCCUCGAACCUGGAGUUUAAAGUCUUCGACAUCACGAAGGAGCCCUUUGAGCAGGGGUUCAAGGAAUCAUCGUAUGAUCUCAUUCUUGCUGCAAACGUCAUCCACGCAACCCCUUUCCUGAGGCAGACGUUGAGCAAUCUUCAACCACUCCUUCGGUCAGAUGGUAUGCUCGUGAUGACUGAGAUCUGCAGCACUUCUCGGGGUUCAAGCUAUAUCUUCGGCAAUUUUUCGGGAUGGUGGUUAGGUGAAGCGGAUGGUCGCCAGGACAAACCUUAUGUAUCCGCGUCCCGGUGGGAUGAGGAUUUGAAAGCUUCCGGAUUCACGGGACUUGAUGCAAUUGUAUACGAUGACGAGGGGCCAUACCGCCAAUGCGCCGUCAUUGUGUCUAGGAAAGAGAAGAGCAUAAAGAUCACAAGUAAAUCCCGGAUCACAAUCUUAUCCGCGGAUUCUGAAGGAGAAGUUGCUCGUUCCUUAGCUGAACACUACCUGGCGAGAGACUGGGAGGUCACGAUUUGUGGGCUGGGAGACGGCCUACCUCAAGACCAAGACAUCGUCUCGUGCUUGGACCUAGAAACCAACUUUUUCGAAAAUAUAACGGAACAAUCAUUCACGGCUUUUCAAGCGCUGCUUCCCUCUAUGGGCACCAAUAAAAUCCUUUGGUUGACGAAUCCAUCUCAGAUAAAAUGUCACAAUCCCCGCUCAGCACAGACUUUAGGCGUCACUCGAACGAUCAGGUCGGAACUUGCACUUCAGUUUUACACUCUCGAAAUCAACAUCAAUGAAUCCCAGUUUGGCUCACUGGUCGACAAGGUUUUCAACAAGAUCCGCGCACAGGAAGACAGAGAUAAACUCGACUCCGACAAGGAGUUUGUCGUCGACAGCGGUAUUAUCUGUGUUGGUCGUUAUCAGCCAUUCUCUAUCAUGGAGGAAGUACGGGUCAAGAGCAACGAAGGUCACAAACGUGCCACGAAGACACUGGAGAUUGGGAAAUCUGGCAUGCUUGAAAGCUUGACCUGGAAGACAAAGCCAAUCCCUGAAACGAUUUCCAACACACAUGUAGAAGUUGAAGUGCGUACUGUCGGCAUCAAUUUCCGGGAUGUUAGCAUCGUUACUGGCCUCAUGUCUGCUGGUUCAUCUUCAUCAUACAAUACACUUGGAAUGGAAGUCGCAGGCACAGUCCAACGGGUUGGGGACGAAGUCGCCGGGCUGAAAGUUGGUGAUAGAGUAAUGGCUUUUACCAUUGACGGUGGCUUCUCUACGACUGUGAUUCUUGCUGAGCACCAUAUCAUCAAAGUCCCGGAUGAGAUGAGCUACGAAGAAGCCGCAACCAUACAGGCUACCUUUGGAACCGUUGUCUACGCUUUGCUAGAUAUCGGCAGGUUGGGCAAGGAACGAAAGACUGUGCUGAUUCAUUCAGCAUGUGGUGGAGUAGGUUUGGCUGCAAUUCAAGUGUGCCAGAUGAUGGGAGCAGAUAUUUUUGCCACGGUGGGCAACGAGCAGAAAAAGGAACACCUGGUCAACAACUACGGCAUCCCGAGAACCCACAUUUUCUCUUCUAGAGACUCGUCGUUCUAUGAAGGCGUAAUGCGAGAGACUGCAGGUGUUGGUGUCGACUUGGUCUUGAAUUCGCUUUUUGGGGAGCUCUUACAUGAGUCUUGGAGAUGUGUUGCUCGGAAUGGAGCCUUUCUGGAGCUUGGAAAGCGCGAUCUUGUGGGAUCAGGAAAACUUGACAUGCGCCACUUUUUGGAUAAUCGGUCUUAUUGCGGUGUUGAUAUGCUGUACUUGGUGGCUGAGCGUCCUUUAAUUGUUCGAGACGUACUCCAGAGAACUUUAGACUUCUACAGGCAAGGUUUGCUCAAGCCAAUCCAGCCAAUCACUCCAUUUGCUGCAGUGGAUGUAAAGCGUGCUUUCCGCCAUCUUCAGACAGGGGAGCAUAUUGGAAAGCUCAUCGUAAAUAUGCCGACUGAUUCUUCUGAGCUCGAAUCAUCGCUCGACAUUCAACCUAUAGGAUUCGACCCGGACGCAGCAUAUUUACUAGUCGGUGGUCUUGGGGGUCUUGGAAGAUCUCUCGCUACCUGGAUGAUUGAGAGGGGAGCAAGGAAUCUUGUAUUACUCUCGAGAAGCGCCGGGAUAAGCGAAGAGAGCAAGGCCAUUUCAGAGGAGUUGGAGAGCAUGGGUUCCUCGAUCACAAUGGUGAGAGGAAGUGUCGACAACAUUGAAGAUGUCAAGAGAGCGAUUGAAACAUUGAGUACACCAAUCAAAGGAGUUUUCCAUCUUGCGAUGAUUCAAAGGGACUCUCCAUUCAUCGACAUGAAAUGGGAAGACUGGAUCACUGCGAAUAAGCCAAAGGUGGACGGUACUUGGAACCUUCAUCAAGCUUUCUUGGGCCAAAGCCUGGAUUACUUCUGGCUGGCAAGCUCGCUAGUGACAGUCAUUGAUCAACCAGGUCAAGGGAACUAUAAAGCUGCAAACACCUUCAUCGAGGCGUUUGCCCAGUACAGGCAUUCACUUGGCUUACCAGCAUCAGUUCUCAGCAUCUGCGCAAUUGACAAUGUCGGGUUCUUCACCGAGAAUGCUUGGGCUGUACGGAAAACAAAAUCUCAGGGACAAUGUUUCCUGGGUGAAAAAGAAUUUUUGGACUGUGUGGAAGCUUCGCUCCUGAACUCAUGGCCUCAAGAACGUUUCAGUAGCGGCUCUCCGGCCGCUAUUCCCUCCUCGGGUCUGACAUCUCCCUGGGAAGCUACAGGCCAUAUUACUAUGGGACUGAAAUCGGAACUCCACCUAGAUGAUCCCAAAAAUCUAACGAAUUGGCGCCGAGAUUGUCGAAUGGGCAUGUACCACAACAUCCCAAGAGAAGAGGCAAAACCUUCUACAGCCGAUUCUACCCGCUUAACCCAAUUUUUGAAACUUGUGGCGGAGGGUGAGACUGGGAGUAUUUUGACAGACGAAGCAAGCAUUGACUUUCUCGCGCUGGAGACUGGCCAGAAAAUCAAUGACUUCUUGCUCAGGCCAAACGCCGAGGUCAACGUUGCGCUCACUCUUUCUCAGAUCGGUCUCGAUUCGCUCACGGCAAUUGAGUUAAGGCGAUGGUUCAGGCAAGCUUUUGGAUUGCAGAUUAGCGUUUUGGAGAUCAUGGGCUCUGGCUCUCUUAGACAUCUUGGAGGAACUGUGGCGGGGAAGUUGAGUGAAAAACAUGGCCGCAUAGACUGAAAAUUGUUUAAGCUUGCUUACUCCAGGCCCGAGAGGGAUAUUCAAGCGAGCAUAUAUGUUUGGAAGAGAAGGCUGGUUUAUGAAAGGGAAACUGGAGCUGUCCGCGUUUUCAAUUGCGUGGUUAUUCGAACAACUUGCACUGGCUUAUUUGAGUCUCUAGUAUAUCCUGAUAUCUGGUACUUUCCCUCAUAUUUCAAUAGUAGUUGCUAUGGAUAUGAGGCUCCCUUCUCUUCAGGAUGUUCAAAUGUACCAACUGUUCAGGGGUUAAAAUGGAAAAGGGGGGAGGAUCCUCGGCUAAAUGUCAUACGAAGUAGCCUCGUUUUUAG